CCCGUUGAGUUCGGUUCGUUUUCCUGCGCCUUCCGCUGAUGGCGUUUGUUGUUUGCCAAUGUUGACUAAUAAGCUUACUCCUCUCUUGGUGUGAUAGUUUUUUUUAUGGUGAAUAUUUUAUUUAUAAUUCUAUACAGAUUGAUUGUUUUAUUUUUGUGGAAUUUGUACGCAACGAUCACAGCGAAUCAAAAAGACUGUGCUUAGUUUAAUUUAGAAAUGUGAACCAUUGUGCGGAACCCGCUUGGAUCUCGAAAUCACGCAAGAAUAGAAUAUUUACUGCGCCUCUUGGUAAAUCUUGGAGGGCCUCCAACUAGGAAGGAAAACUGGAACAUAAAUUCCUCUGAAAGUGAUUGCUCGAGGGAGAAGGGAUCUGAAUUUGAUUUCUAUUAUGUGAGCAAACAGCUGAUUAUCGGAACUCGUGAACUGGAGAAUCCUGUAUCCUGGAAGGAAGCGUGUCUGCGUUUACAAAUCAUCCGGAGCGCUGCAACAGAUUAUUUCAACGAGCCCCGGCGACGGACGAAGUGUCGAUCGGGAACCAAUCAAGCAAGAACAGUGAUUUGAUUCCUUCCGAGCGCAAAUUCUGUGAACUGCUCAACUCUCAACACCAAAAGUGUCGUUAUUCUGUACUAUGUGCAUAUGUUUCAUACUCGUUAUAUUAACGAUUGAAUAAUUGUGGAGAAACAAAAAAAAAUCAAAGUGAAGCGUCCAGCCAAUAGUUUUAAGAAGAAAUUGUGUACAUACCUAUACGUAGUAGAUUGAAAGUUACUUUCAAGCAUGAAGUUUGCGGAACAUUUGUCCGCACACAUUACUCCGGAAUGGCGAAAGCAGUACAUCAACUACGAGGAGAUGAAAGCCAUGCUGUACACGGCCGUGGAAGAGGCGCCGGCCCUGGACAGCGUGGAGGAGGACAUCAUCAAGCGGCACUUUGCCAAUUUCGACGAAAAUUUUUACAACUACUGCGACCAGGAGCUGAAAAAGAUCAAUACCUUUUAUUCGGAAAAGUUGGCAGAGGCAACUAGGAAAUAUGCGGCCUUAUCGACGCAGCUGAAAACGCUGCUGGAGAAUCAGCAGAAAACCAAAACCAAAGGACAUGCCUUGAAGAAAAUUGCGCUACCGUACCGGAAGGCGCAGGAACUGAAGCUGGCCUUCAGUGAGUUCUACUUGAGUUUGAUCCUGCUGCAGAACUACCAGAAUCUGAACCAUACCGGUUUUCGGAAAAUUUUGAAAAAGCACGAUAAGCUGUUACGCUCCGAUAAUGGUGCUAGAUGGCAGAAGGAGCAGGUCGAAUCGAGUCAUUUCUUCACGAACAAAGAUAUCGACAAGCUUAUAAACGAAACGGAAACGACGGUUACGACCCAACUGGAAAGUGGCGAUCGUCAAAAGGCCAUGAAGAGAUUGCGGGUUCCUCCUCUGGGCGAGCAACAAAGUCCCUGGACAACGUUCAAGGUGGGCUUGUUUAGUGGGAGCUUUGUGGUGCUGUUCAUCGCUGUGAUUUUGUCGGCGAUCUUCCACUCCGGGUCCGGUGAGAAUCUCAAGAUCGCGUUUCGGCUGUACCGAGGUCCUCUUUUACUGAUAGAGUUCAUCUUUUUAAUGGGCGUAAACAUCUACGGUUGGCGAUCGUCCGGUGUUAAUCACGUACUCAUUUUCGAACUGGAUCCAAGAAACCACCUAUCAGAACAACAUCUUAUGGAAAUGGCUGCGAUUUUUGGCGUUGUUUGGACUCUGAGUUUACUGAGCUUUCUAUACAGCGCCAGUCUCAGCAUACCGCCGUACGUGAACCCGUUGGCGUUGACGAUCGUAAUGAUUGCAUUUCUCAUGAACCCCUUCAAGGUGUUCAGGUACGAGGCACGAUUUUGGCUGUUGAAGACAAUAGGGCGAAUGGUGGCCGCUCCGUUCUUCCACGUGAGUUUCGCCGAUUUCUGGCUUGCCGAUCAACUGAACAGUUUGGUGACAGCUUUGCUGGAUUUCCAGUUUUUAAGCUGUUUUUACGUAAUGAACGGAAACUGGCUGGAGGCUGGAAACACUCGCCAAUGCAUGGAGGAAAGUUUCAUCAUCAGACCGAUUGUGAACUGCUUGCCAGCAUGGUUCCGUUUCGCACAAUGUCUCAGACGUUACCGGGAUUCGAAGGAAGCGUUUCCUCAUCUAGUCAAUGCUGGAAAGUAUUCAACAACGUUCUGUGUUGUGAUUUUUGCAACGCUUCGAAAUUUUCAUGCUUCAAAAUACGAAGAUGCGUACGAUAAUCCGUAUCUGUGGCUUUGGCUUCUUAGUUCCGUAAUAUCCUCCUGUUACGCAUACACGUGGGACAUCAAGAUGGAUUGGGGUUUGUUCGACAAAAAUGCCGGAGAAAACACGUUUCUACGGGAAGAAAUUGUGUACUCGACACCUUUCUUCUACUACUUCGCCAUUAUCGAAGAUUUGCUGUUGCGAUUUGUGUGGGCAAUUUCGUUUGCUCUCACGGAAAAUAGGAUCGUUUCCGGGGAUCUGUUGACCUCGGUUCUAGCCCCGCUCGAAGUGUUCCGUCGGUUUGUGUGGAACUUUUUCCGUCUGGAAAACGAACAUCUCAACAAUUGCGGUAAGUUCCGCGCCGUGCGAGAUAUUUCAAUUGCGCCAAUCGACUCCAACGAUCAGAUUAUCAUCCUGAGAAUGAUGGACGAAGAGGACGGUGUAAUCAAUAGGGCCAGCAAGCAUGAUCGCUCUAAACAUAAGAAAACCAAAGAAGACAAAAAACCGCUCCUGCCUGCGUUCAAAGGAUCGUUGCAAGAUCUCAGCAUAGACAUUAGUAGCUCUAAAAAACUUUGAAGAGCAAAAUGAAUUAAGUAACCCAAUCAGCGGCAGAAAACGUAUAACAUGGAAUUCUUCAUGAGAUUGUACUGGUACAAAAGAAGCGUACUUAUACAGAUGAUGUUAUAAGAUGUCACAGGAAUCGGUUGCCAAUAGUAGAAUUUCGUAUAUACCUACCUAUAAUAGCGAAUUAUUCACAUUCCUCACCAUUCUGGCUUGGAAUUCGUACUGCGAGGAUGUGUGAUAGAAAAAGGCCUUAAUUGGAAACCAAUGUACUUCCAUAUUAUUGUUUUUGUUAGAUAACUUUGCAGUAAGCAAGCGCACACCUUUAAGGAAAAAAGUGAUAUGCAAUACACCUAGGAUGCAAAAGUGGAAAUGCCUUAUAGGAAAUAUGUCGGGGCCUUAUUUUAGAGAAAUUGUGACUGCAACGAAAAGACGCAAUAAUACUAACCCCUUCUCAAUCAAUUCUCUGUUCAUUUUCAAAACUAGAUUCGAUUUUUAAAAUACAUAUGGCAGUAUUACUUAUCGAUUCACUGAAAGGGGAAAACAACAUUUAUUACUCCCGUCUCCAACCCAUAGGAUUCAGUUAUUGAGUUUGUGCUAUUUUAAUUUUAGACUUAUGGUUCAAAUAUGAUUUCUGUUUUUAAGUAUUAGGUUUAAAGAUGUCAAAUGUUUUAGAUUGUUAAAUACAUAGUAUAAGCGUGUAGGUAAUUUUAAAACAAAAACGAAAAGUUUUGCCUUCAUUAUGUUAACGGGCAAGUAAAAAUACCGCGCAAAAACGAUAGAAAAAUCGUGCAUAUUUUUUUUCGAAAUUGGCAAAAAGAGUGCUAAGCCGCAUAGAAGGUCAAAUUUGUGAUUUCAUUCCAUUAAACAAAUAAAUCAACAAUUUCCAGUA